CUUCCUGCCCAGGCAGAAGGAAGAGCUCACACCAGGAAGUAGACUUCAGUGUAGUUAGCUGUAAAAUUCUGGCUUGUCCAGAGUGGGAGAAAGAACUCUUUGCCUGUUUGUGGCAAGUUUGAAUAUAGCAAUUGAUCACCUUGUUUAGCAUUGAAUAGCCUUGCAGCUUCAAAGCUUGGCUUCUUCCUUCCUAUUAUUAAAUAUAAUAAUAAUAAUGAUAAAUGGCAGAGAAAGAGAUUCAACCUGAAUAUUAGGAAGAACUCCCUUCAGGUAUUAGGAGUCUGGAUUGUGACUUUCCAGAAGCGCCUCGGAGGAUGGCGGGGAUGUCGGAGACUGUGCGGCUGCUGGACGCUGCCCACUUCGCUGCCUGCAAGCACUCCAGCCAGCGGCGCAAGGACCCUGAGCGCACUCCCUACAUCAAUCACCCCAUCGGUGUGGCCCAGAUCCUGGCGCAGGAGGGUGGAGUCACAGACCUAGCGGUGCUGCAGGCCGCCCUUCUGCAUGACACAGUCGAAGACACUGAUACCACCUUCUUGGAGAUCGAGGAACGCUUUGGGGCAGAGGUCAGACGCAUAGUGGAGGAAGUGACCGAUGACAAGGCACUGCCCAAGAUGGAACGCAAGCGCCUGCAGGUUGAGCAUGCGGCUGGCAGGAGCCCCGGCGCCAGACUUGUCAAGCUGGCCGACAAGCUCUAUAACCUGCGAGACCUGAACCGUUCCACUCCCCAAGGUUGGUCUGAAAAACGAGUCCAGGAUUACUUCCUCUGGGCCUCAGAGGUGGUGAGGGGCUUGCAUGGGACUCACCCAGCCUUGGAGGAGAAGCUGUGGCUGCUCUUUAGGGCACGAGGGAUUCCAGAGUGAUGCUGCGGAGCAUCCGGAUGAAGGAUCGGAAAGGAGGAGAAUCAAGAAAUAGGGAUAUAAUCAGGAGAAAGAGGACAAUGGCUUUCAGUUAUAUUCCCUCAAAUGAUUCUGGUUGAGACUUAUUUCACCGUAUACUCCUCCAUAUCUUGUGCCAUUCACUGCAUUGAAUUAGAAACUUUCUGUCCACGUGGGGGGAUAGGGUGGAAUAUAAAUAAAGUUUUAUUAUUUUA